AUGUGCACAACCUUUUUGCGCACGGUGGGCACGGCGGCGUUGGCACAGGUGAUCAAGUUCAACACCACAAUCCGCGAGGUGAGCCUGGCCAACACGGUCCUCAACUCCCAGGCGUGCGCCCUCCUGUCCGACGCGCUCAUCAUGAACCGCACGCUGGAGAGCCUGAACCUCGAGAAGAACCGCAUUGCCGCCCAGGGCGCGCGCUUCCUGGCCGACGCCCUCGGCGCCAACGAGACUUUGCGGACCCUGUGGCUAGACGGGAACCAGAUUGAGGACGCCGGGGCCAAGGCAAUCGCGGCAGCGCUGGCGGAGGAGGGGGGAUCUAGGCUCGAGAGGCUGUCGCUGGCAAACACCGGGGUGACGGAGAGCGGCGCAGAGGCGCUGGGGGACGCGCUGGUGGGGAACUUGUGGCUAAGGAGGCUGACCAUGGCCAAGAUAGAUCUUGCGCCGCAGGUGCUGCUGGGGAGGGUGCAGGAGGGGGAGGAGUCGGCGGCUGCGGCGAAGGGCCUGCAGACGAUCGACCUUAGCGGCCAAGCCCUGUCGGCGACACUGGACUACCCGAUCGUGUGCCGCCUCGCUGCUAGAAACCCUCGUCUUGCGCGUCUUCGCCUGUCUAGAGCGGGACUGUGCGGCGUAACCUCCGGCGGGCGGGGUCGCAGGAGCCUGGCAGGGCUGCGCUCGCUAGCGUUAACUCUCAAGGCUGCCCCGCCCCGCCUGGUGGUGCUGGACAUUGGACACAACUUCAUCGACGACAGCGCCAUAGAGGUGAUCGCGACCGGCCUCGAGGAGAACCGGGUCUUGACUAACCUCAUCCUGCAGGGAAACGGCAUCGGGGAUAAGGGUAUGACUAUCCUGGCGGCCGCCCUCCCAUCCUCCAUCGUCGAGCUAGACCUAUCCAACAACCCGGCCGUGGGCGAGAAGGGCGGCAAGGCCAUCGCGCUCUUCCUCCUGGACUUCGUCCGUUCCGCCAACCUCCGCCGUCUUGACGUGACCAUGUGCAACCUCGGCGAUGAGGGCCUCGUUAGCCUUGCGGAGGGGGUGGGGGCCGCUAAGGGUCUGGAGUGGUUGGGGGUGGCCAGGAACUUGAACGAUCCUGGGAGCGUGGUUGGGGCUGGGGCGGGGAGCGGCGUGGGGAAGACGGCGCUAGGUUUGGCUCUGCUGUCGGGGCAGGAGUCGCGGCUUCAGGCGUUAUCGGUGGACCUGUGGACCAUUUCGAAGGGCCAGAAGGAUCUCACGCUCUUCAGGCCCAAGGGCACGGUGCGGUGCCAGCUACCUUCAACGGCGGACGUCUGCCUGCUGGCGGGAGUCAUCUGCUUGCACGACUGGUUGCGCCGCGUGUGUUUGGACGGCAACCCCAUCGACGAGGAAGGGCUAGGCUACCUAUCCCGUGCGCUGCUGAGAAACGGGAGCGUGCAGACGGUAUCAUUGAACAGAUGCGGGCUAGGGGAGCGGUCGGGGGCACUGCUGCUUCACGUGGUCGGCGAGAAGCCGGGGUUGGAGAUAGACGCCUGCGAUGGAAACGCGUUCGGGGAAGAGAUCGAAACCAAGCUCGCGGCGGCGCUGAAGGGGGCCCGCGGAAUACUUUCUGGGAGUGUGGAGUGCCGGCGCACCACGGUGCACCUUCUGGGAGAGGCCGGUGCGGGCAAGAGCACGCUCAAGGAGACCUUGCGGAGGGGGUACUUCUCCAGUUUUUUCAAUACAAGCCUAGAGAACGCCCCGGACAGAGGAGCGGAGGACCCCUUCCAGAGGACUCUGGGAGUCACGAGCGACACCCUCGCCCUCGGCGCCAGCUCGGCCCCUGUCCUGGUGCGGGAUCACGGAGGCCUGCGGCGUUUCAGGGGGGUGGGUGCGGUAGACGGCGGGCUGGCGUGCCCCUCAUCGGUGUAUGUUGUGGUCGUGAGCCUGACGGUGGACAAGGCGGAGUCAAAGCGGCAGAUCAAGCACUGGCUGAGGCUAGUCCAGACCGUCGGGCCUGCAAGCGGGUCGGUCAUCGUGCUCGUGGGGUCCAGGGCGGACGAGCUGGGAUCGGUGGGGCAGGACUACCUCCAGAAACUCUGGGACAGAACCCGUGAGGAACUGACCCUUGAAGAACUGAGAUCCGGGCUGGACGCUUCUCUCCCUACCUUUGCGGGAUGCCUUGCGAUGGACUGCAGGAAAGCGGGCAACGCCAAUGUCGCCCGCCUUCGAGAGGCUAUUGCCCACGCGGACAAGCUGUUCGGGCAGGAAGGCAAGGGCUGGGCUGCGCUGCCACUGUACCCAAGCCUCGCCCGGAGAGUCGAAAGAUGGUCAGGAGAAGGGUCCACUUUGGUACGAUGGCCCAAGUUCGUCACCGCCGUACAGCGACAGCUGUGCUCUCGGGCAUCGGGAGCGGUGUGCGCCAACCUCGCCCGCUCGUUAGCACGGGAGGGGCGGAUAUUGCUCAGGGGCGUUGCCGGGGGCGAGGAGGUGGAGCGCGGGAAGGGCUGGGUAGUGCUGCGGCCGAGCUUUUUCCUGCACCACAUCGUGGGAGGCGUUUUCGGCAGCGCCGAGGCCAGGGAUGGGGGGGGGGUGGUUUCCGCGGCUGCCGUGUGCGCAUCGGUUCUCGGCAACAGCGUCUUCGUAGAUUGCUCUUCCUCGCCGGCCCUCCGGGGGGGUGCUCGGGAGAACCGCGGCGGGUCCGAAGAAGACAGCAGCGAGCGCCACCUUCCCGUGGCGCGGCCAAUAGGAUCACCGCCAUCAACGGCAACGACAGCAGCAGCAGUAGCACGGCCAUCGGUGGCAGUACCCCCGGCGGUGGCGGUGGCGGCAAGCUUUGGCACGUACGACGACGGGCGGCGACGACCGAGCGACAAGGUGGAGCGCAAGCACGUUAUCUCGGUCUCGACUGCUGCUGCUGCUGCUGCUGCUGCUGCCGGCUCCUCCUCCUCCUCCUCCUCUUCAAACUCUCCCCGAACACCGGCUUCACCCGGGGCGGGGGCGCCGUCGAAUCAGGCCUUGGGGGGGGCGUCGUCAUCUCUGGCGGCAGAGGUGCUUGCUGCCGCGGAAGCCAACGGUGCAGCGGCAGGUGUGUCCCCCCGCAAGCCCAGCGCGGAGACGGAGCCUGGGGCAGUUGAGCGGAGGAAGUCAUCGGAGAGAUGGCGAGCGUUCGGCUUGAGGAAGGAGUCUUGGGCGAAGCUGGAGCGGAGGCGGUUGUUGUUUCCGGCCCUGCUGCCGCGAUCGGAGGCGAUUUCGAGGAGGGAGUGGGCGCGUAGGUGGAACACGGAGGCGUGCGUGUGCGGGAGGAGGGUCGCGUGCCGAUCUCCGAUGCUGCUGCCCGGGCUUUUUCACAUGCUGCAAUCGCUUCUCGCUACAAGGUACCCCGGGAGAGUGUUAUUGCGGGAUCGCUAUGCAGAGAUGUCACUGGACGGGUGGGACACUACCACCGGAGGGAUCAUCUUGCCGGCAGGGGGUGACGGAGGAAGGGGGGGGUGCGAGGAGGGGGGCACCGCAGAUGCGACGAGUUCGAGCACGACGGCGAUCACCGCGGCGGUGCAGCUGGUGGAGAGCUCUUUGCCGGGGGGGGAUAUGCUCGACCUGACCACUACGUCUGGUGACAGAACGUCCUCCUUGCUGGCCGUGCUGGGGCUUCGGGUGAUCGUUGAGCAGGUGCUCUGCGAGGCGCCCUGCGUUGCCGUUGAAGACAGGGCAAUCGCGGCGGCAUCGAUCAGGGAUGGGAGGCCGCCCAAUGAGAGGCUUACCCUGGCCAUGUCGGAAGUCCGUCAAAGCCGCACAGAUGGACUGAAAGAGUGUUUCUUCGGAGACAACACUCUCCCGGAGCCACUAUCAGACCUUCUCUGGGAGGGUCCGGAAGAGUGUGCCCUUGAUGAGGCUGGCCGCAUGAUCGUGUCAACGCCGUCGUGGAAGUCCCCGCUCGCUGGUAGCGGCAACCCCCCCACCGCCGCUCCCUCCGCAUCGACAUCAUCAGCGUCCCCGCCCUCAGGAAUGACUCGGAAGCCUUCCGUUACGGCGGCGGCGGCUGCUGUGGUGACGAACCCUUUCGCGGGAGGGCCUUCUCGCAAGAAGGCUAGUGCCGCUGGCGGCGGCGGCGGUGGUGGUGUUGGAGGCGUAGCCGCUACCGCGGCCACGGGGCGGAGGAACCCGUUCGAUCCAGUCGUGGCGGCGGCGCCCGCAAGAAAAGCUGCGGCCGUACCAGCAGCAGCAGCAGGGAAGCAGCAGGCAGCGUCGUCUUCGAACCCCUUCGCAGCAGCAGCAGCAGCAGCAGCAGCAGCAGCAGCCCCCGCUGAGGUAGUUGCGAAAGCAACAGCCGUGCCCGAACAGCCCGCUAUUACCAAGCCCGAGAAGACUUCCGGUCAGCAAGACGCGAUACCGACGUCGCGCAAGGCCAAGGAGGGGGGCGAGGGCCGGCCUCCGAUGCCCACGGCCAGCGGGCAACCGGCAGCGGUUUCUGACCGUCCUGCCGGCGGAGAGGAGCGGGGCUACGGCGAGACGUUGUUGGCGACGGUUACGCUGCCUUCGCACGGCGGGGAUGGUGACCGUUCAUCCCCGCCCAUCCUCGCUGGGCCCGACAGCAGUGCCGAUGUGGCAACGACAGGCCCCCCCGCAAAGGAUAGAAUAAUGGAGGGCUCUGCGGAGGACAGAAUAAACAAGACGGGGACGGCCUUUUCCAGCUCUGGUGCUCGGAGGAACCCCGGGGCGGCGUUUUCCUUCGAAGCGGGCGUGUUCCGAGACGCCGGUGUUAUGUUCGGGGCGCAUGUCGGCGGGAAGUCUUACCGGCUCGGCAGGCAGAGGGUCGAGGUGGUGCUGCGAGAGCCCGGGGGCCUGAGGCUGGGUAUCUGGCGCCCCCCGGUGGACGAGAGGGAGGAGCGGGAGCGGGAGAAGGACAAGGGCAAGGCGGCCUCCGAGCUGGUGUCGGAGCACCUGUCGCUUUCAGAGGACGGCAACCACGAGUUUAACGUCUUUCUGUCCGGCGCGAACGAGAACGACGGCGGCGAUGACGUUGGCGGUACCGAGGACACCGGCAGUGGUAAGAGGGCCGACGGCAUCGUCGAAGGGGGGCGCACAGAUGGCAGCCCACGAAGAGGUAGCAGCACUGCUGGACUUGCCAGCCCUACCUUGGAACCCGACGCCAGACGAAGCCCUACCAGAAAGAGCCCCGCUCCCUCCCCUCGCGGAAGAGACGUGAGCAGGCUGUUGACGGAGCGUCCGGCGGUGGUGGAGGAAGUCCUGCACGAAGACGUUGUCUCCGGCUUCAACUGCUCGGGAUCGAACCAGGGCUUCGGCGUGGUGGGGUGCGUGGUGGCGUCGAUCUCGAGGGAGCCUUUUCAGGACACGGAAGUGUCUCCAAAGGUGGGAUAGAAAGCGAACGAAUAAAUACAGCAGUCCCCCGGUUAAGGACGUACUUUUUUUUUUUUUGUCACAGGCAUGAUGCCCCGCGGAAAGUUAAACGCGAGGAGUGGUAUCAAUGUUAAGGACCCCUUUGUACCCUGCUUGAAAGGACAUCUGUUUGAACGAAUAACCGGGUGUGUCGUUAAGCGAGGGACGACUGAAAUGGCGUACUGUAGUAGUUGGUGGUGGCGUUGCGCGAUUCUGGUUAUUGUUGUUGUUCGUCUUGUUUGUGCUGGUGCUGGCAGGUGGUAGUUGUCCCAUCACGAUGGCUUGCUUGUGUUGUCGAAAUUGAUACCACGCUUUGCGGUACCGACUGAUGCCUCGAGUCGACUGUUUUCGUUCUUGAAAGUAUCCUUACAUAACAUUGUCGAGAGCAAGUUCACAUCCAAAACUUCGAGCGUGCUCGCAUGGCUCGAAGUACGCGCCAGCAUCCCUGCAGCUUGCGCAUGCUGCGGCGGGUGCGCCAGGCAGUCUUGACCAAGUCGGUGAGUGUUCCAUCGCAAGUAUAUGUCGUGGGACGAUGCCAAGUUAUCGUGGGAAUGUUGCCCGAAGAGUUGUGCGUGCUUCCUUUAGUACCCUAGGACAGCAACACGGAACAGAGCCCUAAUGUCCACUUGCUGCAAGCUGAAGCGUCUCAUGUGGCACAUAGAACUCUCGUCGUUUCUGAGGCCUGUUUUUUUGGGCAACCGUGUGAUGUGCUGCCAAGGAGCACUCCGGAAGAGCAGCGUUCGGCAUCGUCCCCGUCCCCUCCUCGACAUUGUCAACUUUGAUCUGCGUAGGAAGGUCGUCCAAGGGGAUCAGGGGUAUGGGUACGCGUCGUAAACC